GUUCCCACAGGGAGCGCCAGGCACCGCCGUCCGGGCUCUUCCGCGGGAUGGCGACGGCGGAGGGCCGCCCCGUGGGGCAGGGUGCUGCGCCCUAGCAGCCUCUGGGUCUCCAGGCGCUGCCGCGGUGCGCGGAGCCGGACGCAGCCCAUCCCCAGCUGCGCCUCAGCCCCUCUCCGCCGCCGCUUGGGACUCUUCCCGACUCCCCACCCUGUCCCCGGCCAUCGCAGCAGGCAUGGGUUGUUUCUGCGCGGUCCCGGAGGAAUUUUACUGCGAAGUUUUGCUCCUGGACGAGUCUAAGCUGACCCUGACCACCCAGCAGCAGGGCAUCAAGAAGUCAACGAAAGGGUCCGUUGUCCUGGGCUACGUAUUUCGUCACUUAAACCUCGUGGAGAUAGAUUACUUUGGACUACGCUACUGUGACCGAAGUCAUCAAACAUACUGGCUGGAUCCUGCAAAGACCCUUGCUGAACAUAAAGAAUUGAUAAACACUGGACCACCAUACACUCUGUAUUUUGGCAUUAAAUUCUAUGCAGAGGAUCCAUGUAAACUUAAAGAAGAAAUAACAAGGUAUCAGUUUUUCUUGCAGGUCAAGCAAGAUGUUUUACAGGGCCGUUUGCCUUGUCCGAUCAACACUGCAGCACAGCUGGGAGCAUAUAUAAUUCAGUCUGAACUGGGGGACUAUGACCCAUAUAAGCACACUGCAGGUUACGUCUCGGAGUACCGCUUUGUCCCAGACCAGAAGGAAGAGCUGGAGGAUGCCAUAGAACGGAUACACAAAACUCUCAUGGGUCAAGUUCCUGCUGAGGCAGAAGCAAACUACUUAGAGGUGGCCAAAUCCCUGGAAAUGUAUGGAGUGGAUCUCCAUCCUGUUUAUGGAGAAAACAAAUCUGAAUAUUUUAUAGGAUUAACACCCAUAGGAGUUGUUGUCUACAAGAAUAAAAAACAAGUAGGAAAAUACUUCUGGCCUAGAAUUACAAAAGUUCACUUCAAGGAAACACAGUUCGAACUUAGAGUUCUGGGAAAAGAUUGCAAUGAAACUUCCUUCUUUUUUGAAGCACGUAACAAGAUCACAUGCAAGCAUCUCUGGAAGUGCUGUGUAGAACAUCAUACUUUUUUCAGAGUGCCAGAGAAUGAAUCAAAUUCCCUGUCAAGGAAAUUCAGCAAGUUUGGAUCCAUAGGUUACAAGCAUCGGUACAGUGGCAGGACAUCUUUGCAAAUGACCAGAGACCCUUCUGUGCAGCUCCCGCGGCCUGACCAGUGCAUUGAAAGAAGUCGCAGCAAAACUUACCCCAAAAGAACACAACAGACAGGAUCUAAGAACAUGAGCCAGAUUACAUGUGGGGAAAAUGAAGGAACUACCAAAAUUAUUGCACCUUCUCCUGUGAAAAGCUUUAGAAAGAUGAAAAAUGAAAACAGUCCAGAAACCCAAAGAAGUAAAACAGGUGCACCGUGGGAGGAAAAUGGCCCACAGAGUGGGCUGUAUAACUCUCCCAGUGACCGCAACAAAUCACCAAAGUUUCCCAACCCUCGGCGAAGGCCAUCAGGGGGCAGUGAGAAUGAGCCUGGGCAGCCAGUCCGGAGGAGGAAAAAUCAAAACAGUGGUGAAGAUUCAGAUUUAAAGCAAAGGAGAAGAUCACGGUCUCGCUGUAACACCAGCAGUGGCAGUGAAUCAGAAAAUUCCAACAGAGAACAUCGGAAAAAGAGGAACAGAUUACGGCAAGAGAAUGACAUGGUUGACUCAGCUCCUCAGUGGGAAGCUGUGCUACGGAGACAAAAGGAGAAAAACCAGGCAGAUCCAAACUACCGGAGAUCCAGACACAGAUCUAGAUCGAGAAGCCCAGAUGUACAAGCUAAAGAAGAACUGUGGAAACAUAUUCAGAAGGAGCUUGUGGAUCCAUCUGGCCUGUCUGAGGAGCAAUUGAAAGAAAUUCCAUACACUAAAAUAGAGACUCAAGGCGACCCGAUCCGCAUUAGGCAUUCACACUCCCCUCGAAGCUACCGUCAGUACCGGCGGUCCCAGUGCUCUGAUGGUGAAAGAUCAGUCCUCUCUGAAGUGAAUGCAAAAACUGAUCUGGUGCCUCCACUGCCUGUUACACGAUCCUCAGAUGUGAAAGGUCCCAGUAUCCAAUUGACUCAACAGAGACAGAAUGGAUCUAAAGAUAGCCUAAUAGAAGAAACAUCUCAGCUAACCACUAACAAUGCCUAUGGAAAACCCACCUCUAAGAUCAUAAAAACUGUACAGGUGUCACGCUUCAAGGUGGAGACUUGACUUCAGCUGUAGCUGAAGAUGGUGAAUGGAUUUUAUUGUC